AUGUCUGAAUUUCUUCAAUUGACGGACAGAAGUGGGGAACCUAUUGAUGAAUACGAGAACGAACAAGAUGAAGAAGACGAUUUGGGGGAUUUGGACGAUCUAAUCGCCGAAACCAGUGAGAACCUGUUGCAGACUGAUGAAGCGGUAAACGAUGAAGAGAACAGGGUUACAGCGCCGAACACUGAUCAAGAUAUUAUGAACGAAGCCGAAGCUGGACCAAAAGUUAGGACAUUUGAUUUGCUGAGACAGGAAAAUUGUAUUCAUGAGGUAAGGGUUUGAUUUUGUUCAUUGUUUAGGUUGAUGUAUGUUAUUGGAACUUGAGCCGGCCAAAACCCGAAAUGGUUUUAAUUAAUUUGCAUAAAUUUUUUUAUAAUUGAUUUUGAGCUCUUAAAUACGUAUUUUUAGGUAGCAGUACCAGCUUAUAUGCAAUAUGUUCCUCUUGAACAGAGAAAUACUAGCCCGGCAAAGCUUUACCCAUUUCAAUUGGAUUCUUUUCAAGCAGAAGCCAUAAACUGUGUUGAUAAUUAUCAAUCAGUUCUAGUAUCGGCUCAUACAUCAGCCGGUAAAACAGCUAUUGCUUUGUAAGUGUUUAAAUCUUUGUUUUAUAUUGUUUUAGGUAAUUUAACGGUUAUUGCAAAUAUCUUCAUGAUCUGUAAACUUUUUUGGUUAAUUUAGCAAUUUCAACACUGUUAAUUAAUCUUACGGUUAUUAUCUUAUUAUUGAAUAACUUUUAGGUAUGCCGUAGCUUUGGCUCUUCGAGAAAACCAACGUGUUAUCUACACCUCACCUAUCAAAGCCUUGUCUAACCAAAAAUACCGUGAACUGUUGGAAGAGUUUGGGGAUGUGGGAUUGAUGACAGGAGACGUCACAUUAAACCCAGAAGCUUCUUGUCUUGUAAUGACGACAGAGAUCUUGAGAUCAAUGUUGUACAGAGGGUCAGAGAUCAUGCGUGAAGUUGGGUGGGUCAUUUUCGAUGAAAUCCACUACAUGAGAGAUGAAGAACGAGGCGUGGUUUGGGAGGAGACUAUUAUUUUGCUGCCUGAUAAUGUUCAUUAUGUGUUCUUGAGUGCUACGAUUCCAAAUGCUAAACAGUUUGCAGGUAAUUUGAAGUUUUUAUUAUGUUUUUAGGUAUUACUUAAGUUGAAUUUGUUUUAAAGAUAAAAAUGGCUUUAAUUUUAGUUUGUUAAUGUUUUAUUUGGCAUUUUACAUUUUAGAAUGGAUCGCCUUACUUCACAAACAGUCUUGUCACGUUGUCUACACCGACUACAGACCAACACCUCUUCAACACGUUUUCUACUCCAGUGGUGCGAACGGUUUAUAUGAAAUUAUGUCAGUGAAGGGAGAGUUCCGCGAAGAUCAAUUUCAACAAGCUAUGAGCUAUGUCAAUGAAAGGGCACCUGAAAAGGACAGACAGAAUCGGAAAAUGGCUAUGCUUCAAACAGGGAAUUCGGUUGUAACGAUAUUGAGGACGAUCAGAGAGAGGGAGUUGAUGCCUGUGAUUGUCUUCUCAUUCAGCAGAAGGGAAUGUGAAGGUUAUGCUUUGAAUUUGAAAGACAUGGACUUUAACGACCAAGGCCAGAAGGAGGUGAUAACUAAGAUUUUUGAAAGCGCCGUCUCGAUUUUAAGUAAGGGUUUUUGUUGAGUUUACUAGUUUUAGUAGGUUCAUUAUGUUCUUGACAAUGAUAUUGACCUACAUUCAAUGAUCUCUCUUGAUCCUUGUUUCAAUAAUGUUGAUGUAGAUUAAAGAAUGUCAUAAUAAAUUUAUGAUGUCUUGUUUAUGACAAAAUUAGUAAAAUAUUUAAUUUUUAGGCGCUGAAGACCAGAAACUACCACAGAUCAAGUGGAUUCUGCCAUUUUUGUUAAGAGGAAUUGGAAUUCAUCAUUCUGGAUUGUUGCCUUUAUUGAAAGAAUGUAUUGAAAUCUUGUUCGGCGAAGGGUUACUGAAGAUUCUUUUCGCGACAGAAACAUUUGCCAUGGGAUUGAAUAUGCCUGCUAGAACAGUACUAUUCACAUCGGCUCGAAAAUUUGAUGGUAAAGACACAAGGUAAGGCCAGUUUGACUUUGAUGCAAAGGCUAAAAAUUUUAUAUUUGUAAGAGUGGGGGCAAAUAAUUAUUUGAACAACUUAAUAUUCAUUUUAAAAAACCUUUACUUUCUCACCCUAAAAUAACUAUUUUCAGGUGGAUCAACUCGGGUGAGUACAUUCAGAUGUCAGGAAGAGCUGGUCGACGUGGCAAAGAUCCUCAAGGCUUGUGUAUCUUAAUGGUAGAUCAGAAAAUGAGCGAUGAAGUGGCAAAGAAGAUUGUCAAAGGCCAAACCGACCCACUUAACUCACAGUUCAGAUUGACCUACAACAUGGUACUGAAUUUGAUCCGAGUACCAGAUGUGAAUCCAGAAUAUAUGAUGGAACGGAGUUUCAGAUACUUCCAAAACAAGGCUCUGCUGGUUCCAAUUUAUGAACGUGAGUGAUAAAUUUUGUGAUAUAUCAGGUUGUUCAAAUAAUUCUGUGUUCCUAUCGAAGAAAAUUUUUAGGAGACACAAAACUAUUUGAACAACCUAAUAGAUGACUGUCGUUUAGUUUUUUAUACUUUUAUUGACUUACAUUUCUAUAAUAAGGUUUCUUCUACGUAUUUAGGUAAUAAAUUGAUUAAAAAAGUUGUUAUACGUCUCAUUUUGGUAUUAUUUUUAAAUUUGUUUCAAUUCUAACGCUGAGCCUUAAACGUUAAAAUUGUUUUUUAGAGUACAAAGCCAAGAAAGACCAACUGGAGCGAUUUGAAGUGCCAUUUGAAGACCAAUUUCUCGCGCAUUACCAACUUGUUCAACUCGCAGAUGACAUCAAGAACAAGAUCCAACAGGUUGUCUUAAAACCCAAGUAUGUGACCCCCUACUUUCAACCCGGUCGAUUGUUCAAAGUCCGAACAAAGACACGUGAUCUUGGUUGGGGAGUCCUCCUUAAUCAUCAGAAGACCGUGAACAAGAUUGGAGACACAGUCUAUAUUCUGGAAAUGGGCUUGAGGUUGUCAUGGGAGAGUGUGAAGAACAUCCAGAACGUCGAGGAGCUGGAGCCGCCGAAGGAAAACGAGUCCGCAGCAUUGGAGUUUGUCCCGGUGGAGUUGAGCUCGGUUACAGCCAUUUCGUCGAUCAGAAUCAAACUGCCUGAUGGUCCAAGGGCCAAGGAUGCUAUCAGAAUAUCGUUGGAGGUAGGUGGAGAUAAGGGAGAUUGUUAAGUUCAAAAAUACAGUCGGUUUUAAGAGAAAUAACAUUAAAAUUGACUUUACUUUUUUUAAGCCUAGUUUAAGGCUAAAAAACGAAUUUUUAACUUUCAGAAAGCCUUGAAAAAGUUCGAUGGAGAUGUGAAACAACUCGACCCAGUAGCUCAAAUGGGAAUCAAAGACGACAACAUGCUGAAAGACUUGGACAAACUGAAGGCGAUGGAAGCCAGAAUUGCCUCAAACCCCCUCCUUCAACGAUCAGAUUACGGCGAGAUCAAGGCAACCUACGAGAGAAAGGCUCAACUAGCUGAUGAAGUCGAGCGAAUCAAAGAAGAAAUCAACAAAGUUCGAGGUGGCCAGUUCACAGAAGAACUCAGGGCACGUGAACGAGUCCUACAACGAAUGCAGUAUGUGGAUUCAUAUGGCAGUAUCACAGGAAAAGGCCGAAUUGCAUGUGAAAUCAGCGCGGCCGACGAAAUCUUGUUGACAGAGAUGAUUUUGAGUGGAGUUUUCAAGGAAAUGGAUCCUCAAGAUGCAGCAGCGUUGUUGUCGUGCUUUGUGUUUGAAGAGAAGACUGACAAACAACCAGAUUUGGACGAGAAGCUGAAGAAUGCCUUCAAGACAUUGGUGGUAUGUUGCUUUGAAACAUUUUGUUGAGGAAGUGAAAAACAAUUAAUAUUUAAGUUUUUGUUUCUGUUAUUAUAUAUUUUAAGUUUUUAACGACUAAAAGCUAAAUUAUUCUAUAUUUUCAGUCACACGCCAAGAAGGUAGCAGCCGUAAGCAUAGAGUGCAAGUUCGAACUGGACGAAGUCGUCUACGUCGACAAACUCAAGAAUGGCAUGAUGUGGGUGGUGAAGAAGUGGUGUGAAGGUGCCACCUUCAAAGAAAUCAGUGAGACGUCAGGAAUCUUCGAAGGCUCCAUCAUCAGAUGCCUACGACGACUAGAAGAACUGCUACGACAAAUGACAUGUGCUGCUCAAGCCAUGGGCGAUGAGAAAAUGGAAUCCAUAUUCCAGGAAGCGUCAAAGCAACUCAAACGUGACAUAGUGUUCGCCGCCUCCCUAUACCUUUAA